AUGAGAGCUGGACUGCGAGCUGGGAGCCGGGUGGGCCACCCUAGAUCCACGCAGCGCGCAGGAGAGGAGCGCCACAUCCGCGACCUAGAUGGUGCUCGUCAAAGGCUUACGGCCCGAGGGUCGCGGGUGUGUGGGUUUGUGCUGGCCUCUGGUGUGUGUGGUGCAGGUGGGCCCGGUCAGCAGCAGCAAGAGGACGAGGGAUGCGCGAGUGGUCCCGCACAGGAGGACGCGGCUCACCCGGGGGCGCAGCGGACAAAAAGCAAGGCACGGCGGAGGAGGCGCGCUGCGGAGGUGAACCCUCUCCCCAGCGAUGGAAAGGCACAGGUGUUCACGAACUAG